AACACGGUUCACUGGCGUGCCAACUCUCACGGCAACAGUGUCUUGGCACCGCGCUGCUCCGCAAGGAAUUCGAAACUUUGUAGCACUCGAGCUUCCGUGAUUUCGGGAAACAUGGCGUCAGGGCGUCUAGCCUAUUUUGGCUUUUUCUUGCUAAUUAAAGUCAUCACGGAGGUCGACAGUCUUCAUGGAGAUUUCAGUUUUGAGCCGGCGGAGACCAGCAGAUGGCUGCUGCCCGUGGCGAACGUUCCAGUCAACGGCCCCAGGCAGGUCAUGCCUGUAGGUCCUUACGGAGCCGUCUUGCAACAUGACCGAGGCUACUACGUAGACGUUUGCAUGCAACCUAAAUUGGAACUGAAGGCGGAAUUCAAGCAGAUUCAACUACUGGGCUCCAGCGUUUACCAUCGCUUGAAUAUCAAGAAAAAUACACUGAUGUGCAUACUGAAAUUUUGGCAGCCAAGUGACAAUGGAAAACAAGAUAUUUUAAACUGCCUCAAAACAACCGUGAACGAAGAUCACGAAGUGUUCUACAUCAUGGAUGACGGCAUUUGCAAGUCUUUCCCGGCCACAUUUCCUGUCUCUUGCUGGCAAUGUCCUGUUGACGAAAAUGAUGCAACAUACACGCAAAUCUACUCAACGAACGCUGCAUCUUCUUUUAAACGAGUUGAUUCACAUUUUGACGACUUUCGGGUCGAAAAAGUGACUGGUGGCGACUACAUUGUUUCGUUUGACGAUCCUGAUGCGUGCGCCGAUUAUGCGGACUAUUACGUCACGUACACUGGUGGUAAACAACUGGCCGUUACUAACGGCGGGACGAUCCCUGCAAACUUAUUCCAACCGUGCACGCUGGUUAACUUCACACUUCACCGAAACAUUGAUUGCCUUCCACCAAACUUGGUACAUACCCUCGAUACAUCUAUCAUCUCUCCUCCCGAUACAUUCAGACUAGUAGAAACGGCGACCUCAGUGACCUUAACGACAAGCGUCGCUUGCCCCUAUCUGGAAUACAAAGUCGUCACGAAACCUACAAAUGGAGCAGCAACCCCGCUCGCCUCCGGCUCAACCGUGACUUCCAAGACAUUCCUGAAAAGCGAAAUCGGCACUGGUAAACUCGUCAUUACGUUCCGGUCGUACACAGACAUCGAGAUCCCCCCAAAACUGGAAUGGCCGACAGCUUAAGAGGCAUCAUCUCAUGCAUGAUUGCAUCUGAAGGCCAACUGAAAAGCUACAUCAAGUAGUGCGACCAGGACAUGCAUGAGUGAAAUUAUAAUGGAAACUGGCUCAAAACUUACGAGCCACAGCAAAUAAAAAAGCGUUGAUGAUUUUUGCUAUGGAUACAGCGUUUUUAUUAUAGAUUACAAUAAAUUGCCGGAGGAACGUUUCCUUUCAACUAAAAGUGUGUUUCAUUAUUGGGAUAAAAUAUUGUCAGUCAAGAUCAA